CGAGCUUCUAAGCCACUGCAAGCUAGUUUUUCUGUCUUAAUUUCCGCAGUUGCAGUUCAUGCUCAGCCCAUCCGAAAGUGUUCUCAAAGUUCAGCCUUGUUGCCUUAAUCCAUGUCAUCAGCUCGCUGCAGCCACAGUCCAUCCACAUCCACCGAAUUGGCAAGGCUUCAAGUAGCCUUGUCAAGUCGCCUGGUCAGAGCUCUAGUCAUGCAGAGAUGAUAACUACGCGCCCCGCUCUAAAGCGAUCUGGGGCUCUUCACCCUCGACUCAUAGCUCUUCCUAUGCUCUUGGCCGACCCUGCGCUGCCUAUCGUCUUUUGCGCAACACUUCCAAGCGACUCUUUGGUCCGCGACUCUAGAAAGCCCAACACAGCAUAUUUAGCGUCACUUACUCUUCUCGACAUUUCCCAUGUGACCUCAGCAGCCUCGUCGACGAUUGGAACCACGUCGCAAUGGCUCACACUGUCCAACCACACGCCUCUCAAACCCUGCGCGAAUUCCUGCACCUAUUGAAGCAGCAGUGGACUCUGUCAGUAGCAUGUCAGAAUCAAUGCGACCCACCCGAGCAAUGUAGCUGCCUACGCUACAUUGUCCACGUCGAGGAUCUCAAAAGAUGGUGGAAGCGAACGGUAUCUGAGUCGACGGGUCAAACAAAGUUGCAAAGACUACUUGACGAACUCGAGCCGGCCGAACAUCAGCUGUUUCCUGUAGAGCAAAAGCUUUUCUCUGGAGAAUAUACCUGCCUUACUGUCUUCAGCCUGCUGUUAACGCAGGGUCGACAUCAUCUGAUCGAGCGCUUCCAUAAUUCCGGAAUCGAUGAUCGCGACUUGGAAAAAAUAACGCCAAACAGUGAGGCAACUCUACGCAACAGCCUGGCUAUUGUACCUAGUCACGACGACGUCGAAAAGAUCAUCGGAGACUUCCAACGAGAGCGAUGGGCAUACUGUCCUCUCAAGCUUGAGUUACACAUGGAUCGCUAUCUACAAUUUACAAGAGUCAUCCCGCCUUUCUGUCGCAAGGUCAUACUCGGGGAUAAGGGAGGCACUGCUUCUAUAUACUGGGUCACUGUCCAGAAAGACUUGCUAUCUGACGACAGUCUCAAGAACGCUUUACAAGACUCGCUUUAUCAAGAUAAAGAAUUCGGAGAGGUAAGUCAAAAUGGGUUCAAUGCAUGACUUACGGUGUGCAUCUUAUCCUUACUAAUUCGUUGCAG